ACUGUUACACCGGAACAACCUCGAUUGGGAUUUAAUGCAACACCAAACGCUUUUCCGGUCUCUUUUCACCCACCCAUAAGAAGAAAAUGACGAAGGGUACAUCGUCCUUUGGAAAGCGGCGUAAUAAGACGCACGCUCUGUGCCGUCGCUGUGGCUCCAAGGCUUACCACCUGCAGAAGUCGUCCUGCGGGAAGUGUGGGUAUCCCGAGAAACGCAAGAGAAGGUACAACUGGAGCGCUAAGGCCAAGAGGAGGAACACCACUGGGUCUGGCCGCCUGAGACACCUGCGAGUCGUCUACCGCAGAUUCAGGAAUGGGUUCCGGGAAGGGACCACCCCAAAGCCUAAGCGUGCUGCAGUGGCUGCCUCCAGCUCGUCCUAGACACACUUUGAAUUUACUUGUUUAAAUAAAUGUGCUGUUAGUUGA